GGAGCGGCCCGGCCUUCGUCGUCGUCGUCGUCCUCCUCCUCCUCCCGUCCGACCGUCGUCCCCCCGCCCCCGCGGAAAAUGCGCCUUCAAGGCCAGAGGUCACCGAAUCAUUAACAUCGUCAAUCUGGCGGGAGCUAAUUUCAAUAGCACCUGAUGUUGCAACGCCUCCCUCGACUUCCCCGGCCAAUGGGAUCCCGGCUCCGGCUGACAGAUGGUCCCCAUAAAUGGAUGCGAAAAGGAGAAGCCGCAAGCCAAUUUCAGCAGAGCUCUGUUCGAGGAGAAGAGUCAAAAGCCCGUGACAGCCACUAUCUGCCGACGAGAAUGGUGAUGAUAAUUAGCACCAUGGAGCCUCAAGUGUCCAAUGGCCCCACGUCCAAUACGGCCAACGGCCCGUCCAGCAACAGCCGGAACUGCCCCUCCCCGAUGCAGACCGGCGCGGCCACCGACGACAGCAAAACCAACCUCAUCGUCAACUACCUGCCCCAGAACAUGACGCAGGAGGAGUUCCGCAGCCUGUUCGGCAGCAUCGGCGAGAUCGAGUCCUGCAAGCUGGUGCGGGACAAGAUCACAGGGCAGAGCUUAGGAUACGGCUUCGUUAAUUACAUCGAUCCAAAGGACGCCGAGAAAGCCAUUAACACUUUAAACGGACUGAGACUCCAGACCAAAACCAUAAAGGUGUCCUACGCCCGGCCCAGCUCGGCGUCCAUCAGGGACGCCAACCUGUACGUCAGCGGCCUCCCCAAAACAAUGACCCAGAAAGAGCUGGAGCAGCUGUUCUCGCAGUACGGACGCAUCAUCACCUCUCGGAUUCUGGUGGAUCAAGUCACAGGCGUGUCCCGCGGCGUGGGGUUCAUCCGUUUCGACAAGAGGAUCGAGGCGGAGGAGGCCAUCAAGGGUCUGAACGGACAGAAGCCCAGCGGGGCCACCGAGCCCAUCACCGUCAAAUUCGCCAACAACCCGAGCCAGAAGACGAGCCAGGCGCUGCUGUCCCAACUGUACCAGUCCCCCAACCGGCGCUACCCCGGCCCGCUGCACCACCAGGCCCAGAGAUUCAGGCUGGACAAUUUGCUUAAUAUGGCCUAUGGCGUGAAGAGGUUCUCGCCGAUCACCAUCGACGGGAUGACCAGCCUGGUGGGCAUGAACAUCCCCGGGCACACGGGCACCGGCUGGUGCAUCUUCGUGUACAACCUGUCCCCCGACUCGGACGAGAGCGUCCUGUGGCAGCUGUUCGGGCCCUUCGGCGCCGUCAACAACGUCAAGGUGAUCCGCGACUUCAACACCAACAAGUGCAAGGGCUUCGGCUUCGUGACCAUGACCAACUACGACGAGGCGGCCAUGGCCAUCGCCAGCCUCAACGGCUACCGCCUGGGGGACCGGGUGCUGCAGGUGUCCUUCAAGACCAACAAAACCCACAAAUCAUGAAUCCCGGCCCCGGUCCCCUCCUCGGCCGCUUCCCCGGCCGGGCGCCCGAAACCACAGACGAACAAAAACACACGCACACACGCACGCACGCACACACACACGAACACGCGCGCACACACACAGACAUACACACACGCACCACGAGGGAGAGAGAGAGAGAGAGAAACUAACUUUUCACGGCUUAACGUUUCAACCACAGACUUUAUAAGCCUAGUGCAAGUUGGCUGAGUAUUCAAACAUUGGAUAUCCUGUGAUGUACCAGGAAAGGAUUUUAUAAUGCUUAGAAAACAAAAAACAAACGAAAAAAAACAAAACAAAAAAAAAAACCUUUGAUGCAUUGAAUGUUCUUUCAUAGCUGUCGUUGUUGAAGAUAAUAUAUACAUAGAUAUAGCAGGGGGCAGGGACUUUGACCUCGCCCAGCUAAUUUCCCACCUUCCUUGAAGGUGGACCUUUUUAAGAUGACCAUUUGCUCAUUUGAAGAAGAAAAAAAAAAACAAACCAAUUUUUACAAACUUAGUGGGAUUCAAAGAAAGAAAAAAGAUUUUUCUUUUUUUUCAAAAUGUUGAUUUCCAAUCAGAUUUGGUAGCUCCCUCCCUCUCCCGCCCGCCCCCCCCCCCCCCCACUCACGUUUAAAGAGGAAUAAUAAAAAUUGCAGGAGACGACAACAAAAAAAAAAAAACGAUUUUUGCAAUUCUCUCUAUUUUUCCUUUUUUCUUUUCUAUCAUGUGAAAACGGAACAGUCUUCUGUAGAGGGGACGGGGGGCGAGGGUGACUCUGAUGACAGUAACAAUUUAAAUAACAUUAACAGUGUUGCCAAAGAGACGGUCUCUUUGCGGAAAAUGGGUUUGAAGAAAAAUCUAUUUUUAUAAAAUAUAAAGAAUUUUUACAAGAGAAUCUGGAUUUGAGAAAAAAAAAUAUUUUGACUGGCUAAUUUAGGGGAAAUUGACACCUUUGUCACAUUCAUACUGCACUGGUAACUUUUUAGGGAUCGAGAUGUGUGUUUUAAACUGGAUUAGAUUGUUUUUUGAAGGAUGGGCUAUAGACAGGAUCUUUUCAUAGCAUGUAAUAAUCAAAAUAUGAAAUACCCCCCCCGACCCCAGGGGAGGGUGCCCCGUGCUCACAGCACCCACGAUCCCCACAGUCAAAACCCAAAAAGCAAGGAGAUGAGUUGAUAGAGGAUUUUUCUUUAAGUCAUCAGUAUGGGAUAUCAGCAAAGCAAAAGUUAAAAGAGUUCCUUUUUUCUUUUGAUCGAAAACUUCCUUAGUUUGGAGCAGUAGGUGCUACGAAAUUCUUUACAUAUCUUAGUAUCAUAGUUAAAUGUAAUGUGUUUAGGAAA